GUAAAAACUGAUAAGUUCGAGAACGAAGCGGUUGUUCGUAACAGACAACUUUGGCAGAGCUACACCGGUUUCCCCGUCACUUAUCACUGAGCAGCCAUCAUGCAGUCAGGUCCGAUAAGAUUUUUAUUCCUUGGAAUAUCACUGAAUGUCCUGUUUUUCGCGAGAUGUGUAGAUUUGCAAUCUCUGCCUACAAAAGGUUUUCACAGCAACAUCGAGAUCGUCGAAGGACGCGAACUUAGGAUCAAGCACAGUCAUGGCCAGGUAAACAUCGACUGGGGUCUCACUCUACCAGAAGGCGCCGAAGGAGUGAACUGCACCGAAGGGAACUUCUGCUUAGACUUCGAUGUUGCUAAGGUAGUGAUCACACAAGAGGACCAUUGUCAAAAGGUCUCUUGGACGGCAAGAAAUCUCACUGAAUUGAAGGACUGUGUUCUUUUGGAAGGUCAUUGGUACGGAGGAGGUGAACAAGUAACGCAGCCCUGGCCUAUUGAGAAAGCUCCCCGUCGUGAAACGCCCUUCGUGACGGCCGAUAUGCUGCAGAAGAAAGAUCUGUGGUAUGGAGGCGUAUCGGAGGCGUAUUGGAUCUCUUCGCAAGGGGCGGCGAUUAGGGUUGAGGAAGGAAUCCCGCUCUUCCUGAGUGUGCCCGACAAUGACGGAGACGACCUGGCCGACCAACUCUGCCUGAGCAGCCGAUUCGAAGACCCUUUCUCGGCUCCUGAUGGUGUUGAUCUGACGCUGAACUACUACGUGUGCACUGCGGAGAAUGUUAAAGAAGUUCACUUAGCAACCUACCCCAAAUUUUUCUCCAAUCCUACUGGGAUUCCUGAUCUCAGGAUGCUUCGAGACCCCAUUUGGUCCACCUGGGCUGAAUACCAUACGAAGGUCAACGAUACCAGGGUCUGGGACUUUGCGAUGGCCAUCAAGGAUAAUGGAUUCAACAACAGCCAGGUUGAAAUAGAUGACAACUGGGAGACGUGUUACGGCAACGCUGAAUGGAACCCGGAGAGAUUUCCCGACCCAGCAAGACUCGUCGAUGACCUUCACAAUGAAGGCUUCAGAGUGACGCUUUGGAUUCACCCGUUCAUUAACGAUAACUGCGAAUCCUUUAGCUACGCCGAUGAGAAGGGAUACUUCGUCAAGGACGCGCAAGGGGUCACCCAAAAGACUCACUGGUGGCAGGGACUGAGUGCAGGCAUCAUAGACUUUACGAACCCAGCAGCCGUGGGCUGGUGGACACAGAGACUUGUUGACAUCCAGACGUCGACGGGCAUUGACUCGUUCAAAUUUGACGCUGGAGAAUCCUCCUGGUUGCCCAAAGUCUUCACUCUGAACGUCGACGAACGCCUCUGGCCUAGUGUGUACACUCAGUACUAUGUUGAUGCCGUAUCUGAGUUUGGAGGAAUGAUUGAGACACGAGUAGGGCAAGGAACCCAGAGGCAUCCCAUCUUCGUCAGGAUGCUGGACAAGGACUCCGUCUGGGGUACUGACAAUGGACUGAGAACGAUGAUUCCUUCCUUACUGCACUUUGGUAUCCUCGGGUAUCCCUACGUGUUACCGGACAUGAUCGGAGGCAAUGCUUAUGUUCUCAAGCCAGGAGAGGAGCUCUUUGUCAGAUGGGCUCAAGCGAAUACAUUCAUGCCAGCGCUUCAAUUUUCCAUUCUCCCUUGGGGCUUCAAUGAGCAAGUAGUUAAAAGGUGCCAGGAAGUGACAUCUCUGCAUACGGAAAUCAUUCCCCUCAUAUCCAAACUGGGCCAGGAAGCAAUUGAGACUGGAGCUCCCAUUAUGAGGCCUACAUGGUGGCUCUGCCCAGAUCUGGAGUCUUGUCUCACUGCUGAUCAGCAAUUUCUCGUUGGCGAUGACUUGCUGUCUGUCCCUGUCGUAUUCAAGGGAGCCUCAGAGCUAAGCGUAGUACUGCCUCCUGGCGACUGGAAGAUGGCUGGGAGUGAAACCAUCUACAAGGGUCCAAACACCAUUACAGUACAGAACAUUACCCUCGACAGCAUUGUGUAUUUCACGAGGGUUACGAGUCUUUGAUUGCAAAAGUAAUAGCAGAGGUUAACGCCACGAAAUUUGUUUAAAUAAACCAUUAAGUUUGAA